ACUCAGGAUGUAGUACAAGUAUUAAAUAGGAGUGGGUUUCCUCCUGGAUUUAUAUUCGGUACAGCUUCUGCUUCAUAUCAAUAUGAAGGAGCUGCCCAUGAAGGAGGAAGAGGCCCAAGCGUCUGGGAUACUUUCUCACAUAUGCCAGGGACAAUCGCUGAUGGGAAAAAUGGGGAUGUUGCUGUCGACGAAUACCAUCGCUAUAAGGAGGACGUGAAACUGAUGAAGGACAUGGGCAUGGAUGCAUAUAGGUUUUCUAUUUCUUGGUCACGGAUAUUACCAUAUGGUACGGUCGAAGGGGGAAUCAACAAAGUUGGAGUGACCUAUUAUAACAAUUUAAUCGAUGAACUCCUCAAACAUGAAAUCACGCCUUUUAUAACAUUAUUCCAUUGGGACCUUCCACAAGCAUUGGAGGAUAAAUAUGGAGGCUUUCUCAGCCAGGAUAUUGUGAAGGAUUUUGUAGCUUAUAGUGAAGUGUGCUUUCAAGAGUUUGGAGACCGAGUGAAACACUGGAUCACUUUAAACGAACCUUAUGCCUACGCAAUUACAGGAUAUGAUGUGAGAAUUGGCCCACCAGGUCAUCAUUCGCCAACAGAGCCAUAUAUCGUAGCCCAUAACCUCCUCCUUUCUCACGCAGCUGCUGUGAAUCUCUACAAGAGCAAAUAUCAGGCAUUGCAGAAGGGAUCGAUUGGUAUUGCAUUAGUGAGCAUGUGGAUUAUGCCCUAUUCAAAAUCCCACUCUGACCAUAAAGCUUCCCAAAGGGCUAUAGAUUUUAUGUUUGGCUGGUUUAUGGAUCCAAUUGCAAGAGGGAAAUACCCCUCCUCAAUGACAAAUCUUGUUGGUGUGCGUUUACCCAAAUUUAGUGCCCUUGAAUCUGCUAUGGUGAAAGGUUCCUUUGAUUUUGUGGGCUUAAAUUACUACACAAGUCGGUAUGCUGUCGAUGCUUCAAUGACACCCAAUUUUACUACUCCAAGCUAUAUAGUAUCGGAUUCUCUAGCAAAUUUAACCGCUGAGAGGAAUGGCGUGCUGAUUGGACCGGCGGGAGGCUCCAGUUGGAUUAAUGUAUAUCCCCCUGGAAUAAGAGAACUUUUGAAGUACGUAAAACAUAAAUAUGACAAUCUACCAAUUUACAUAACAGAAAACGGUUUUUCUGAAAGGGAUAAUGAUACUUUACCAAUGUCAGAGGCUUUGAAUGAUACUGGCAGAAUAGAUUAUCACUCAAAGCAUUUAUUGUUUUUACAGCGAGCAAUAAGGGAUGGAUCCGAUGUACAUGGAUAUUUUGCCUGGUCUCUAUUGGACAACUUUGAGUGGUUAUAUGGCUUUACAAUAAGAUUCGGCCUUUACUAUGUAGAUUAUAAGGAUAAUUUAAAUAGAUAUCCUAAAUCAUCGGUCUAUUGGUUUAGCAAAUUCUUAAUUGGAGUUAAGAAUCCACGACUAAAAACUUAUGAAAAGAUUUUAUUUGUUGUUCAACUUGUGUAUUAUGGUAUUAUAUUGCUCAAUAGAUAA